ACAGUAUUAAAAACCAAACAGACGAGAAUGACACAGGAGAAUACUGAGUAAAACUCAGGAAGCUAUUAUUUAGAAUAAAAACAUUCAGCAUCACAGAUGGAGGUACCACCUCGGCCAGAACUGUUUGACUUCCACGGAGUCUGCAUGCUCAAACAAUUUACCAACAACUGGGAAAAUGUACAGAACUUCAAAGCAAGACCAGACGAUAUUCUUAUUGCUACUUACCCUAAAGCAGGAACCACAUGGGUAUCAUACAUCCUUGAUCUUCUGUAUUUUGGACAUAUGGAUCCAGACCGUCAGACAUCCGUGCAUCUUCAUGAAAGAGUGCCCUUCCUGGAGUUCUGCAAACCUUCUUUUCCCACAGGUACAGACCUUGCUGACAAACUUCCAACUAUUCCUCGUCUUAUUAAAACUCAUCUACCAGUCCAGUUUGUACCAAUAUCCUUCUGGGAGCAGCGCUGCAGGAUAGUCUAUGUGGCCCGCAAUGCAAAGGACGAUGCAGUAUCCUUUUUCCACUUUGGAAGAAUGAACAGUGCCCUGCCAGAACCAGGAGACUGGAGCACCUUUCUGCAGGGAUUCAUGGAGGGAAAGAGGGUUUUUGGAUCGUGGUAUGACCAUGUGAACGGCUGGUGGGAGAAGAAGCAGACUUAUUCAAAUCUUCACUACAUGUUCUAUGAAGAUUUGAUUGAGGACUGUGGACGAGAAAUAGAUGGACUGUGUUCCUUCCUCGGUUUGUCUCCUUCCCCUGAAGAGAAGGAAAGAGUAAGAACCAGUGUGACGUUUGACAGUAUGAAGCAAAACAAAGUGACCAACUACACCACCAUCAAAACACUUAACCACACUGUGUCACCUUUCAUGAGAAAAGGAAAAGUUGGUGACUGGAAGAACCACUUCACUGUGGCCCAGAAUGAACAGUUUGAUGAAGACUACAAGCAGAAGAUGAAGAAUCCUGACCUAAAGUUUCGCUUUGAAAUUUAGAGCCCAGCUGUGCAUGAUGGAGGUCUGAAGUGAUUAUGUUAAAUAUAAGUAAGCUUUGAUCAACACAGAUAUCUCAUAAUUAGCAGAGGACAUUUAUCCCUCCUUACUGUAACCAUCCUGAUGGAUAUAAAUCAGCAUCAAUCAAACAAACAAACCAAAACUUGAUUGAGUUUAGUUGUAAGUCCUAUGUAGAGCUAUACUGUGAAAUCCGAUCUACUUAUGCACAAAAAAAUGCUCCCAAGAAGUAGCCAUGGUGUGGAUUGUAUUGUGUUGACUGGUUGUUGAUUAUUAUUAUUAUUUUUUAAAGUUUCCCAUGACACAGCAAGCUGUAGACUUCUGAAAAGCAAAUAUAAGAAUUACUUAUUCUGGAAAACAAUAUUCACUAAACAUGCCAUGAUGUUAGAUGUAUAAGUUUGAAAAUGUGCUCCCUUCUGGUUGUAAUUUGACAUGUUAAUAA